CACCACCAAAACAGAGCAAGUUUUGUGCUCUCAGCCCCAAUAUUUCCCCGCACGACCAAAACAGAGCAAGGUGCCCUCAUGCACCUUUACCGGAAGCAGAAGACGCUGGCAAGCAAGACUCCAUAGUCGAACUACAGCCCCGACCACUCGGUCGUCAUGCUCUUCUUCUCCAUGGACGUGCAACAUGAAGUGUACAACACCCACGUCUCACGGUUUCAUCCCACCAAAGCCAUCACACCGGGGAUAAAGCCGCCCCAAGCCACCGUCGGACUCCACCCGAUGGACUUCCAACACCACUAUCCGAACCCCCACGUUGCAUGUGCUCCAUCACCACGCCACGGAGGGAUCGAUUACUGGCCGCUGUUGAUCUUAGCCGAGCUUGGAAGCCCAUAUAAACUCAACCUCCGUCACAAUGGUUAUUCCAUAUUAUUUAUAAAAGCGCCACUAAGCCAUCUACGUUCAAGUGUUAAUUUGAAGCAAUGAAGCCGAUACGGUACAUGUAAUGUUGAAAAUUUAUUUUUAAGUAUAAUUACAU